UCUCUCUGUCUCUUGCAACCCUACAGAGCUCAGCCUGCAACAGAAACAACAAAGCAACAAAACCACAGCUAGCAGAGCAGAUGAACAGGGACCAUAACAGCAGAUCUGGGACCAGCAGAUGCACAGGGACCAUAACAGCAGUUCUGGGACCAGCUGAUCAGGGACCAUAACAGCAGAUCUGGGACCAGCAGAUCAGGGACCAUAACAGCAGAUCUGGGACCAGCAGUGGCACAGGGACCAUAACAGCAGUUCUGGGACCAGCUGAUCAGGGACCAUAACAGCAGAUCUGGGACCAGCAGAUGCACAGGGACCAUAACAGCAGUUCUGGGACCAGCUGAUCAGGGACCAUAACAGCAGAUCUGGGACCAGCAGAUCAGGGACCAUAACAGCAGAUCUGGGACCAGCAGUGGCACAGGGACCAUAACAGCAGUUCUGGGACCAGCUGAUCAGGGACCAUAACAGCAGAUCUGGGACAAGGAUAGCAAGAGCCUGUCAAUCCGUCACGCUGGGCUCUACCGAGGCUAGUGUUCUACCACUGGCCAACAUGAAGCUGCUGAACGGAGGAGGAGGAGGAGGAGGAGGAGGAAAAGGAGGAAAAGGAGGAGGAGAAGAAGAAGUAAGAGGAGGAGGAGGACGAGGAGGAGAAGGACGAGGAGGAGGAGAGAAGAAUGCAUUCUCCUUCAAAAAGUGUUCUGCUUUUCAGUAUGUGAAGAGAAAGGUACGGAGGUGGAUGUGUAACCCUAAGGACAGGAGGGAGGAUGAAGCAGUCCAGGGUAAGGGUGGUCUGCUGUACCCCUGUACCCCUAAAUGCCCCCUAGUGGCAGAGGACCUAUGGUACACCCACUUCCCUUCGCCCUGCGGCUGCUGCUACAAUGCCACCCUGCCUGGGGGACAUUACCAUCAGAGGGGGAAUCUCACAACCACACCCUGCCUGUGUGGGCACAACCAGGGGCACUACCAGGCGCACAGCCAGUGGAACAGCCAGGGGCACAGCCAGGGGCACAGCGAGGGGCACAACCAGGGGCACAGCCAGGGGCACAGCCAGGGGCACAGCCAGGGGAUAGGAAGAGAAGAGAAGAGCAAGACCUGUAAGGUCAGGAAGUGGAAGAUGUUGAGCCGUCACCACGGCGAUGCUAAGCAGAAGGAGGCGGAGUCUGAGGUGCAUCUUGGGGGCGGCCCUUGGGGGGUGAGCACCAACCCCCAGCUGGCUAACCCUGUCAUGCUGGAGUGCUGUGUCUGCAGUGGACCCUUUGUUAGCUACGCUCUGGAAGAGGCCUGGCAGCCACGGCAACGCACACAGGCGAUGGAUCUGUACUACCAUAGUGAACCAGACCCAGAGUACUACUGCUGUCCCAACGACUCUACUUUUAUGAAACAGAGAAGAAUGGGGCUGAAUGACUUUAUUCAGAGACUGGCCACUACUAACUCCUACACCUGCAAGCAUCCUGAGGUUCAGUCCAUCGUCAACUUGGCUCCCCAACAACAGGAGGCUGAACUCAUGAACGCGAAUCCCUCUCCCCCUCCCAGUCCCUCCCAGCAGAUGAACCUGGGCCCGUCCUCCAACCCCACAGCCAAGCCCAGUGACUUCCACUUCCUGAAGGUGAUAGGGAAGGGCAGCUUCGGGAAGGUCCUCCUAGCCAGGCACCGAACAGACGACCAGUUCUACGCUGUUAAGGUGCUGCAGAAGAAGGCCAUCCUGAAGAAGAAAGAGGAGAAACACAUCAUGUCAGAGAGGAACGUCCUGUUGAAGAACAUUAAACACCCCUUCCUAGUGGGACUACACUACUCCUUCCAGACCGCUGAUAAACUCUACUUUGUACUGGACUACAUUAACGGAGGAGAGUUGUUCUACCAUCUCCAGAGGGAGCGAUGUUUCUUAGAGCCUCGGGCCAGGUUCUAUACAGCGGAGAUCGCCAGUGCCCUGGGAUACCUCCACUCUCUAAACAUCGUUUACAGAGACCUGAAGCCUGAGAAUAUUCUACUGGACUCUCAGGGACACAUCAUACUCACGGACUUCGGGCUCUGCAAGGAGAACAUAGAACAGAACGGAACCACGUCGACGUUCUGUGGAACUCCAGAAUACCUAGCCCCCGAGGUGUUACACAAGCAGCCGUAUGACAGAUCGGUGGACUGGUGGUGUUUAGGAGCCGUGCUUUAUGAGAUGUUGUAUGGCCUGCCUCCGUUCUACAGUCGUAACACAGCAGAGAUGUACGACAACAUCCUGAACAAACCACUGCAGCUCAAACCUAACAUCUCUAACGCUGCCAGGCACAUACUGGAGGGACUGCUGCAGAAAGACCGCACGCAACGACUGGGACACAGCCACGACUUCGAGGAGAUCAUGAACCACAUGUUCUUCCCCAUCAACUGGGAUGCCCUGACCGCUAAGAAGCUCACCCCCCCUUUCAACCCAAACGUGACGGGCCCUAAUGACCUUCGUCACUUUGACCCAGAAUUCACAGACGAGCCCGUCCCCUCUUCCAUUGGCUGUUCCCCUGACUCCUCCCUCAUCACUGCCAGCAUCACGGAGGCAGCCGAGGCCUUCCUUGGGUUCAGCUACGCGCCCUCCAUGGACUCAUACCUGAACUGAUUUAGAUCUGGGACACCGGAUGAAACAGAAAACCAGCAGGUUCUGGCCCUGGUAGGGUCAGAGUUAAAUAUCCCUGGGAUAGGGUGUCAUUUGGGAUGCAGUAAUGGAUGGAUAGAAUGCAUUGUUGUGUUGAGAUCCGUCCUCUCCCCUACCCCCUAAUCGCUACGCCCUACCCCCUAAUCGCUACGCCCUACAACCCCCUUUAGUCUUCCAGUCUCCUCUUGAUGAUGUAGUAAUGCUUCACCGUUGUCUGGACUCAACAUUCCAUUUUAAUAUUGAGUGCUAUGUUUAAGUUUGUUUUGUAUAUCUGGAGUCUAUUUGUGUAACUAGUAUUAAUGUAUAUGGAACAGGAAACUAAAAGUAUGCUUAAAUAAAGUAUGGAACUAUUCAUGUUUAAUGUAAAUGGUUGUUAUAAAAUACAUGUCAACUAAAAACUGUACAAUUAUUCAA